AUGAUUAGGCUUUCUGAAGUUUUUGAAUCUUUGAAUCUGAAAAUUGUCACAGUAAAUGUCACAGCUCUCUCAGAUAUGGUCAAGAAGACAGUCUUGAUAGAGGUAGAUGAAGAAAAGAAAGAGCCUGUGAAGAAAAAAAUUGAAAGAGCUGUUUUAGCUCUUAGAUCCACAUCUAGUCCUAUGUAA